AAGGCCGUAAUUUUGAUUAGGGGGUUAACCUCGAAAACACCACUAUUAUUUUCACAUAUCCCCUCUUCUCUUUUUCGAUCCUCCACUUUUUCUCACACACACACACACAUCACUAGCAACGCUCUCACCGUCGUCUCACAGAUCCGCUCUUCGUCUUUAAUUUCCGAUUGUACGCGGAUUGUUUGCAGUGAUUACAUAAUCGAAACCAGAAUUAUCUUGCCUGCACAUAGAAGAAAAGCCGCUACUUGAGUUGGAACGAUUUUCUGCAUGACCUUUUGAUGUUUAUGCGAUGUCAGGGUUACUAAAUUCAUCUUUCAACGGUUCAGCUUCAAAUCUUCAGGAAAAUACAGGCCGCUCAUUUGCAAAUUCGUUUUCUUCUCAAUCUGGUGCAGCUUCUCCUGUUUAUCAUCACACCGGAAAUCUUCAGGGCUUACAAAACAUUCAUGGGAGUUUCAACGUUCCCAACAUGCAGGGAACACUUGGGUCAAGGAACACAACGAUAAACAAUAUUCCAUCAAGUAAUGUUCAACAAGCAACAGGAAACCUUUCUGGUGGAAGAUUUGCAUCAAACAAUUUGCCCGUUGCUCUUUCUCAGAUAUCACAUGGUAGUGCACAUGGUCACUCUGGGAUGACGAAUAGGAGUGCCAUGGGUGUUGUUGGAAAUCCUGGUUAUGGAAGUACUGCAAAUGGCAUUGGUGGUUCAAUUCCUGGGAUCCUCCCAACAUCUGCAGCAAUCGGAAACCGUAGUGCUGUUGCGGGGCUGGGAGUUUCUCCAAUGUUAGGGAAUGCUGGUCCUCGUAUAACAAGUUCAGUGGGGAACAUGGUUGGAGGAGGCAACAUUUCGAGAAAUUUGAGUUCGGGUGGGGGAUUAUCCGUUCCUGGUUUUGCUUCACGGUUAAAUCUUACAGGGAAUAGUGGUUCUGGAAAUCUGAAUGUGCAAGGGUCAAAUAGAUUAAUGAGUGGAGUUCUUCAACAAGCUUCUCCACAGGUAAUAUCUAUGUUGGGAAACUCCUAUCCUAGUGGUGGUCAGCUAUCUCAGAAUCAUGUUCAAUCAGUUAACAGUAUGAACUCAAUGGGGAUGUUGAAUGAUGUGAACACCAAUGAUGGAGCUCCUUUCAACAUAAAUGAUUUUCCCCAGCUGACCAGUCGACCAAGUUCUUCUGGAGGACCUCAGGGGCAAAUAGGUUCAUUGCGAAAACAGGGCCUUGGUGUCAGUCCAAUUGUUCAGCAAAAUCAAGAGUUUAGCAUCCAAAAUGAAGAUUUUCCGGCAUUGCCUGGAUUUAAAGGUGGAAAUGCCGAGUUUUCUAUGGACAUUCACCAGAAAGAACAACUCCAUGACAGUAAUGUAUCUAUGAUGCAGCCUCAGCACUUCUCUAUGGGAAGAUCUGCUGGAUUUAACUUGGGAGGGUUUUCAUCUCAUCACCCACAACAAAAGCAACAUGCUCCCUCAGCAAGUAGCAGCAGUGUCUCCUUUUCAAAUGUAAACAACCAAGACCUGCUCCAUAUGCAUGGUUCCGACUUGUUCCCCUCGUCACAUUCUAACUUUCAUUCACAGACCACAGGAUCCUCAGGCAUAGGGUUACGGCCCCUUAAUUCUCCAAAUUCUGUUUCUGGUAUGGGAUCAUAUGACCAGCUUAUGCAGCAAUACCAACAGAACCAAAAUUCAUCCCAGUUUCGCCUCCAACAAAUUUCUGCGGGCAGUCAGUCACAUAGGGAUCAGGGCAUUAAGUCUGUGCAGACUGCACAAGCUCCUUCAGAUCAAUAUGGUUUGCUCGGCUUGUUGAGCGUAAUAAGGAUGAGUGACCCUGAUCUUACAUCUCUUGCUCUUGGAAUUGAUUUGACAACGCUUGGAUUAAACUUGAAUUCUGCAGAAAAUCUGCACAAAGGAUUUGGUUCCCCCUGGUCUGAUGAGCCUGCCAAGGGUGAUCCAGAGUUUGCUGUGCCCCAGUGUUAUUAUGCCAAACAACCACCUUCCCUAUAUCAAGUCUAUUUUUCAAAGUUCCAGUUGGACACAUUGUUCUAUAUAUUCUACAGCAUGCCAAAAGAGGAGGCACAAUUAUAUGCUGCAAAUGAAUUAUAUCACAGGGGAUGGUUUUAUCACAGAGAGCAGCGGUGCUGGUUUAUGCGGGCAGCCAACAUGGAGCCUUUGGUGAAGACAAACACAUAUGAAAGAGGGUCUUAUAUAUGUUUUGACCCAAAUACAUGGGAAACAAUUCGCAAGGAUAGUUUUGUUGUCCACUAUGAUUUGCUGGAAAAGAGACCUGCUCUACCUCCGCAUUGAAAUCAGUCUUAGAUUUUGAUGUAAAGUAUCAGUUUUUUUUUAUCGAUCAUUGGUUAGAAAGCCAGAGUCAGUUUGCAGAUUUAGUUUUCCCUGAGUUUCACAAUUGUAACUUGUAAGCAGCUACUAAUCAGCAUUUCUAGUAAAAUGUUUAAACGUAUAUCAGUAUUGCAUACAAAAUUAAAAUCAGAAAACAUUUGAAUUGAAA